AUGUCCCAGAUGUUGCACAUAGAGAUUCCCAACUUUGGGAACACCGUCUUGGGCACCCUGAACGAGCAGCGGCUGCUGGGCCUCUACUGCGACGUCUCCAUCGUGGUGAAGGGCCAGGCGUUCAAGGCCCACCGGGCCGUCCUGGCUGCCAGCAGCCUCUACUUCAGAGAUUUGUUCAGCGGCAACAGCAAAAGCGCGUUUGAGCUCCCGGGAUCGGUGCCCCCCGCUUGCUUCCAGCAAAUCCUUUCCUUUUGCUACACUGGGAAGCUGACCAUGGCCGCCAGCGAGCAGCUGGUUGUGAUGUACACGGCAGGUUUCCUCCAGAUCCAGCACAUUGUGGAGAAAGGAACCGACUUGAUGUUCAAAGUGAGCUCUCCCCACUGCGAUUCCCAGACCGCCAUGAUAGAGGAUCCCAGCUCAGAACCACAAAGCCCGAGCAAUCCGGUGCCGGCCACUCCUGCACCCUACGUCAUGUCCCCUUCCGUGCCCAUCCCGUUACUCACCCGGGUCAAACAUGAAAGCCUGGAGUUGCAGCCCACAGGAACGCCAGGCCUGGCCACCAAAAGGUCCCUGGAAGCUAGUCUGCGGGACACAACCGCCGGUGGGGGCCCUUCCGGCACUGCUUCGCUGAAGUUAUCUCGCGUUUCCUACUAUGGAGUGCCCAACCUGGCCACCCUUCUCCCAAACAUACCACCGGUGCAGUACUCUCAAGGGGAGAGGACCAGCCCCGGCGGCAGCAGCCUCCCAACCACCGACAGCCCUACGUCCUAUCAUAAUGAAGAGGACGAAGAAGAUGAUGAAGCUUAUGACACCAUGGUGGAAGAGCAGUAUGGGCAGAUGUUCAUCAAAUCCACAGGUGGCUAUACAGGGCCUCCAGAGAAACCAGAGCAGGUGCCGCUGGAGAGCCGCUCCUGUGUCCUCAUUCGGCGAGACUUGGUUGCUCUCCCGGCAAGUCUCAUCAGUCAAAUUGGAUACCGGUGCCAUCCAAAGCUCUACUCAGAAGGAGAUCCUGGAGAGAAACUUGAACUUGUUGCAGGUUCUGGCGUUUACAUCACCCGAGGGCAGCUGAUGAACUGCCAUUUGUGUGCAGGUGUGAAACACAAAGUUCUCCUGCGGCGCCUCCUGGCAACAUUCUUUGACAGGAACACCCUGGCCAACAGCUGCGGGACAGGAAUCCGGUCUUCCACCAGUGACCCCAGCAGGAAGCCCCUUGACAGCAGGGUGCUCAAUGCUGUAAAACUGUAUUGUCAGAAUUUCGCUCCAAGUUUCAAGGAAAGUGAAAUGAAUGUCAUUGCUGCUGACAUGUGCACAAAUGCCCGGCGAGUACGCAAGCGUUGGCUUCCAAAGAUAAAGUCCAUGUUACCAGAGGGAAUGGAGAUGUAUCGCUCCGUCAUGGGUUCCACCACCACCAGUGUCCCUUUGGACCCCGAAUUCCAGCCCUCUGCAGCUCAGAUGUUUGAACAACGCAUCUUUGCAGAGAGGAGGAGUGAUUCUGGAACAAUCAUGGCAUUGAGAACUAACACUUCAACUGCAGAUCAAAACAACGGAUCCGGCCAAUUGUUUGAGCCAAGUGAUGAUGCCGAAGGGGCCAGCUCUGUGAUACAGGAGUCUGCUGCCCCAGAAUCCAUGGCUUCAGAGAGCCAAAGCACCACACAGCCUUUUGAACAAGGAUCUGGUUCCACCAGCCGGCCAGAAACUCCUGUGAGACGGCAGGAAGGUACCUACGGAGGGACUUUAUGAAAGAGAAGAUAAUGCUCGGCUUGGCCUUGAGAGAUCGAUAAUACUAAAGCUGCUUGCAUGCAUUAUUAAUACAAAAAUGUGAUCCAACCAUUUACCUACUGAACCGCUACUGUUGCCUGAAAAAAAUGUGAUUUUAAAAAAUUCUGCUCGUGUUUAAGAUUUAUGAAGGAAGUAUCACAUUCGUUAUACUGUAAGCAACUCUAGGCCUAAGGCAACUUGCAUAUGGAGAACAAAGCAAAUAACCCUCUGCUCCUUCUUUUCCUUGAAGUUAGUCUAGAGAUUGUAGCAUUUUAUUUCCAAGGUAGAUGAUAUCCGCCUC